AUGCAAUCGCUCGCCUCGCUGCCGAACGUGCUCCUGUCGGCGCUGAUUGCCCCGGAGUCCAUGCACGCGCGGCACGCAACCCAGGAUGCAGUGGCCACCCUGCUUGAGCUGGCCUUCCGCAGUACGGAGCUCCAGAUCCAGAGGCGCGCGGCGCGGGCCGUGCAGCGCCUGCUUGACGACGAGGGUGAGCCUUGGCAGCUCCGGUGGCGCUACGCCCAGGCCCUUCGAUUCUUCAGCCGCGUGGUGCAGGAGGAGGGCAAAGUGGACUCCCCUGAUUUUCAGGCUUUUGUGGCCAGCGCUGAAGCUGAGAAGGCAUAG